AUGGGAACAGACAACGCUGAGGUCGCUUCCAGGCUUGGGUCCCCGUCUCCCGCCAACCAUCGAUCGCCAAUCGCUUCCCCUUCUUGCCCAGUUCGUGUUCGUCCUUUUCCCUCUCCGUCCUUCUUGUCCUUCUUGGUCCUGAACCACCCACACAUCCUCUCCCUUCCUCUCCUUCCUUCCACACCACACACCACACACACCACCGUCGUCUUCCGCUCGUUUCAUAUACCCGCCUGUGGACUUUUAGCCUCUUUCGACCAGCCACUGUCUCUCUCUCCUUCCGGCUGUUUCUUCUAG